CUUAAAUAUGUGACUCAGAAGAAGAAGAAAGGAGAAGAGUCAUGGCGGCUGACAGUUAGUAAUGAGCCAACAAACACAGAGAAGCUUCUUGCUUUGGAUCUACACCGUUUAAACUAGAGCCAGGGAGACAAACUCUGACGACAAGAUGCAGAUAACGUUGAAAACCUUACAACAGCAGACGUUCAAGAUCGACAUCGAUGAAGAGGAGACGGUGAAGAUAUUAAAAGAGAAGAUAAAAGAGAAGAUUGAAGAGGAGAAAGGAAAGGACCAUUUCCCAGUAGCUGGACUGAAGCUGAUCUAUGCUGGUAAAGUCCUCAGCGAUGACGCAGCGCUCAAAGAAUACAAAAUCACUGAGAAGAACUUUGUGGUCGUCAUGGUGACAAAGGCUAAAGCAGCCUCAGCCGCCCCGCAGCCUUCACCUGCCACUCCAGCUCCCAGCACUGCAGCUCCCGCAGCACCUGCUGCCUCGUCUUCCAGCUCUGAGAACACUUCAGAACGCUCCUCUUCAGACGACAAGCCAGAGGAGACACAGUCUCCGACCGCUGAACCAGCUUCCACCUCCGUUGGAAGCUCCGAGGCUUCGACGAACACAAACCUGAUUGAUGAGGCAGUUUCAAAUCUGGUGACGGGCGCAUCAUAUGACGCCAUGGUAAACGAGAUGAUGCUGAUGGGCUACGAGAGGGAGCAGGUGGUAGCAGCUCUGAGAGCGAGCUUCAACAACCCAGACCGAGCUGUGGAGUACCUGCUCACAGGUAUUCCAGGUAGAGAUUCUGGCCCUGCAGCAGGGCUCGAUGCGGUGGUGCCUCCAGUGAGUGGAGUUCACUCUGCACCUAUAGGCGGUAUUAGCCUUCCCGCUAACACUGGCUCUUCACCAAGCGGAGGCAACCCCCUGAGUUUCCUGAGAAGUCAGCCCCAGUUCCACGUGAUGCGACAGCUGAUCCAGCAGAACGCCGCCCUGCUUCCUGCCCUGCUGCAGGAGAUCGGCAGGGAAAACCCUGAGCUGCUGCAGGAGAUCAGCAGCCACCAAGAGCAGUUCAUCCAGAUGCUGAAUGAACCCAAUCCAGAGGCAGUGCCCGCUGGAGGUGGAGCGGGAGGAGGAGGAGGUGGAGGAGGAGGAGGGGGAGCUGGAGGAGUGGCGGCAGGUGAUACGGCCGGCGGGAGUCACAUGAGCUACAUCCAGGUCACGCCACAGGAGAAAGAGGCCAUUGAGAGGCUAAAAGCUUUAGGAUUUCCAGAGGGACUCGUUAUACAAGCCUACUUCGCUUGUGAGAAGAACGAGAACUUGGCCGCCAACUUCCUUUUACAACAGAACUUUGACGAUGAUUAAAUUGUCAUUUCGACUUUUUUUUUUUUUUCUUAUUUCUUCCUCUACUUUUGAUUGCUAAAUAUAUGUGUACAACAAGCCUUUUACAUUUCCAAAAAAAAAAGAAGUUUUAUUCACCACUUCCACAUUUACCUUUCUUAAUAACACUGGAUCAUUAUCAGCCGGUGUACGAGGACAGGCUGUUGUUUGUGAUCAGUUCGAAAUGGAGGAACAAUUAAAGUACAAUAACUUUGCAUCAGAAAUCACCUGUGUGCUAUUGAUUAUUUUUUUUAAUACUUCAGUUUAUGGUUUGCAGUAUGUGUCACAUUAUAGGUGAGGUUUGUUCAGACUAGAUCUGACAGUAUUCAUGCACUCUUAUUCUGUUUUUCUAAGUUGACAAGUUAUGGAGAAAAUUAAAGUUGUGCACAACAAACAAG